GUUCAAUAAUUCAGUAGUCCUAGUCAAUCAUUAUUAAAGAACUUAAAAGAAGAAAUAUCUAACCCAAAAACUAUAUUGUUUAUUUUUUCCCAAAUAAAUAUUUUUUAUUAAAAUGGCCAAACAAUAUGGUCUAAGCUAUCCAAAAAAGAAUCAAGGGCAUCAAAUCGGACAACUAUCUUCUAAUAAACCUUCCAUUUUCGGUGAAGAUUCCGAAGAGGAAUUAGAAACAAAACGUCCCACAGGUCUCACCAAAGGAUUAAAGAAGCAGGAUGAGAUUAGUCAAAAGAAAGCACUUGAAGAUGAUCCCACUGUAUACCAAUAUGAUGAAGUGUAUGAUGACAUUGAAAAGAAACGUAAUGACUCAAAAUUAGCUAAAAAAGAUAUUGACAAAAAACCGAAAUAUAUUAGUAGACUAUUAGUUGCAGCAGAAAAGAGGAAAAGAGAAAAUGAUAGAAGGAUUGAGAGGCAAGUUCAAAAGGAAAGGGAAGAAGAAGGUGAUACAUUUAAAGACAAAGAAUCUUUUAUAACACCAUCCUAUAAGAAGAAAUUGGAAGAAAUGAGAGAACUAGAGGAGCAAGAAAAAAGAGAGGAAUACUUAGAAAGCAUUGGAGAUGUAAAAAAGCAAGGCAAUUUGGAUGGUUUUUAUAGGCAUCUAUAUGAUCAAAAGGUAAACUUCGAGGAGAAGGAAGAACCGACAACCGUUAUUAAAAAAGAGACGUCAGAUGAUGAUACUAAUAAGGCAUCAACAAGUGAAAUAAAGGAUACAGCUAACGAAAAUGAAAACAGUGACGAUAUGCUUAAACAUAAGUCAAAAAAAAGAAAAUACAGAGUGAGGAAAGAUUCAGAUGAAAGCAGUGAAACUGAAGAACCUGAAAUCAAAAAAGAACACUUACCCUCAAAUAUAGAUGCAGAUUCUGAUUUUAGCAUUAAUUCUUCUGACAGCGAAGAGGAAAAAGAAUCUAAAGUAAAAUCAGAAAAGGUUAAUGAAGUUAGUCAAACAGUGAGUCAAACCGAACCAGACAAAAACAGUGAUAAUAAAACAGAAACUAAAGAAGAAAAGAAGCUUGAAGAAAUUAAAACAGUAGAUAAUAAAGAUGAGAAUGAGGUUAAAGUUCCACCCAAACCAAAAAUUGAUAUAUGGAAGAAAAGAACAGUAGGUGAAAAGUUUGAUGAGGCAGUUAAAAGAUAUUUUGAACGAAAAGCAUUACGAGAAACGGGAUAAUGAAUCUGAUUUAUAGAAUGUACAUAAGUUAAGAUUUUUAUAUUAUUAUGAAAUUAAAUACAUUAAUAGUCUUUGGUUGACAACAAUUA